CAAACAUAAAGUUUAGAGUGACUUCAGAGAGAUUUGCGUAAAGAAGAAGAAGAGAGAAAAGAGGAGAAAGUACCCCCACAUGAGGGCGAAAUCUGCCUGAACUUGAUUCUGCCAUUCACACAAUAUGAAGAAAUGGUAAAGAAGACACAAAAGUGAACUGCGAAGAUAAAUCCGACUUUAUUAAUGAAACUGAACAUCAGGACUGUCUUCCAUCCGGGCUGCAGUCACCAGCAAAAACGAAGUGUCUGAAAAAAACCCUUGCAGGCUAAAACAUCAAUAAAGAAACACCUCCUAUGUCGCUGAAUUCUACUGCGCCUGAGAUUAGGGAAGUAUCUUCACUUUCCCUUUACAGAGAGUCUGAAGAGACAGAGUUGGAUGUGAGAGGCAGCGUGGUGAAGAGAGAGCAAGAUCGAGAGAGGGCACGCGAGUCCAUAGCCCGAGCCAGCGGCAGCAGCAGUGGUGCAGGAGGAGGAGGAGGAGAGAGCUCCAUGCAGUUCAGCACCAGACCGGCCAGCGCCGAGCCGGGCUUCAUGGGGACAUGGACACAGCAGAGCACUGACAGCAACCUCCUCUUCAGAAUGUCCCAGCAGGCUAUCCGCUGUACUUUGGUAAACUGCACAUGUGAGUGUUUCCAACCUGGAAAAAUCCACCUGCGGACAUGUGAUCAGUGCAAGCAUGGAUGGGUUGCUCAUGCUCUGGACAAGCUGAGCACACAGCAUCUAUACCACCCGACACAGGUGGAAAUUGUGCAGUCCAAUGUGGUGUUCGACAUCAGCAGCCUAAUGCUGUAUGGGACUCAGGCUGUACCUGUGAGGUUAAAAAUCCUGCUGGAUCGUUUGUUCAGUGUUCUCAAACAGGAAGAGGUUCUGCACAUCCUUCAUGGUCUGGGCUGGACCCUCAGAGACUACGUUAGAGGCUACAUAUUACAGGAUUCUGCAGGCAAGGUUCUGGACAGAUGGACCAUAAUGUCCCGAGAAGAGGAGAUCAUCACUUUGCAACAGUUUCUGCGCUUUGGUGAAACCAAGUCUAUUGUGGAAUUGAUGGCCAUCCAGGAAAAGGAGGGCCAGGCAGUCACAGUGCCAUCAUCAAAGACUGACUCUGGCAUCAGAACUUUUAUUGAAAGCAAUAAUCGCACUCGUAGUCCUGGGCUUCUUUCACACCUGGAGAAUAAUAGCCCCUCAAGCAUUCACCAUUUUGAGAACAUCCCAAACAGUCUGGCCUUUUUGCUGCCCUUCCAGUACAUCAACCCAGUGUCAGCCCCUAUGCUGGGACUGCCACCAAAUGGACUAACUAUAGAGCAAUCAGGUCACAGAAUGCGAGAGGCAAAUCUGCCCAGCCAGAGUGAGCCAGUGGAGACCAGUGAGUCUGAGGUGUCACUUUCACCUUUUCGUAGUGUGCAGAGCCCCAGUCGAGGAACAGUGGGAGCCUUUCCCAACUCAAUUGAACUUAAAACAGAACCCAAUAGAGCUUCACCAAUCUCCCCAACAACAUCCACUCACCAGUCUCAGCAGUCACAGACACCACAGCAGGAACAACAGGGGCAGCAACAGUCAGGUACUCUCAACAACCACCAAAUCCAUCACCAUUUUGAAAAGAAUGAACAGUCCAAACCCAUUACACACUCUUCGUUCUCUUCCAAAAUGCAUAGAAUACGUAGAAUGGGUGCCACCUCACGCAAGGGUCGUGUCUGCUGCAACUCCUGUGGCAAAACAUUCUAUGAUAAGGGCACCCUAAAGAUCCACUACAAUGCUGUGCAUCUAAAGAUUAAGCAUCGUUGUACUAUUGAAGGCUGCAACAUGGUUUUCAGCUCAUUACGCAGUCGGAACCGUCAUAGUGCCAAUCCCAAUCCUCGCCUACAUAUGCCUAUGCUAAGAAACAACCGGGACAAGGAUCUAAUUCGGUCUAGUUCUGGUACAGCCACACCUGUCAUAUCAAGUGCCAAAAGUGGUUUCACUCUAACUAGCCCCGGACGGCCUACACUAAGUUUUGCCACUCCUCCUCUUGAUCCAUUGAUACAGUCACCUUUGCAGAGCCCUCUUGCCUUCCCUUCUCUGAAGUCUGUGCAGCCAGUGCAGCCUGUGCCACCGUUUUAUCGCGCACUACUCUCUCCUGCUGACCUAGUUAGUCCCCCAGUGUCUUUGCCCACCAGCCCUAUACUGCCUACCACAACAAACAGCUCAUCCUUAACAGAUCAGCAGCAAAAGAUGUUAUCUGCAGGCUCCCACAACAACCAUGUUUCUGAAACAGGAACAUUUUCUCAUUGCCUCCCCACAACUCCCACUAUCCAAGAUUCCACCAUUCUUGACCCCAUGCCUAAAAAGAAGCCACGCAAAUCUAGCAUGCCAGUCAAGAUAGAAAAAGAAGUGAUAGAUGUGGCAGAUGAUUACGAUGACAAAGAUGAUGAAGAUGAUAGUUGUCACCAUCAGUCAUCCCACCUGCAUAACAAUAUCAAUGGCAACUGCAACAACAACAAUAACAGCAUUUAUCAUUAUGAGGAUAGCCGACAUCAUUCCCCAUCACAUAAUGAAAAUAGUCCAAGUCUAGCCCUUAGAGGCAUACUCCGUCCUGACCAAGACGGAUGCAGUGGGAAUUUAGGUGGUAAAGUGACUAGUGACCUACAAUGUAUUGACAGCUUUACCUCUGAGGACCAAGAUCAUGAGCGUGACUUUGAAAACGAAUCCGAGACAUCGGAACCCAAAAUGCUUUACCGUGACGAGCUAAUGGACACUGACAUGCCUUCCCUGGGAAAAAAGGUAGAAAAAAAACAGCAAGGGGCAGAAGAUGAGAAACACCUACGGGAAGAUUUGGAGGAACAAAGCCAUUCCCCAUCCUCUCAACACCAGCCUGUUAUCAAAAUUAAGGAAGAGAUCAAUGAUCCUGCUUAUGACAUGUUUUGCAUGGGUCAGUACAGCCUUUACAAUGGGGGUAUGGCAGUUGCCACUGCAGCCAGUAUGGCUGCCUUACAUGAAAGUUUUAUCUCCUCUAUGGGCUAUGGAACAAGCCCACCAAUGUUCCCCUCUCAGUCCCCUGAGGGUGAUCUCUACUCCAGCCCUGAUCCUAAGAUCUGCUACGUCUGCAAAAAGAGCUUUAAAAGCUCCUACAGUGUCAAACUACACUACAAGAAUGUACACCUCAAAGAGAUGCAUGUGUGUACUGUCGCUGGAUGCAAUGCUGCAUUUCCUUCCAGGCGGAGCAGAGAUAGACAUAGCUCCAACAUCAACCUGCACCGCAAACUACUGACCAAAGAGCUAGAUGACAUUGUAUUGGACCCCCAGCUUACGACCCUGCCUAAGGAUCUGCGUGCUGAGUUCUUGACAAAGAUCUAUGCUGGCCACAAUUUGGGACUUGAGGGGGUGGAGAAUCCAAUCAGUGGCCCACAAGAAGGCAUAGGCUACCAGAAGAGGGGGUCUUCAGCCACUACAGUAUAUUCACACAGCAACGGCUAUUAUCGUGGCACCACUGAUGACUACAUGGUUCUGGACCUGAGCACCACCUCCAGCAUACAGUCAAGUGGCAGUGUGCAGUCCUCACAGGAGUCUGAUGAGGGUAGCGAUGAGGGCAUCCUGCUGGAUGACCUGGAUGGUACAAGUGACAUUGAUGACUGCAACCUCAGCACUGGGGGUGUGCCACUGGAGGGUAGGGAUGGGGAAGAGAAAGAGACCAGGAACGACAGACGAGUAGAAAACCUAGAGGAUGAGUUUCAACGCUGUGACCCAACCAUCUCAUCAUAUAUCUUGCCAUCUAGUGGAGGUAAUGGAUCAAAUGGCAUCCUUUGCACCAUCUGCCACAAAAUGUAUAGUAACAAAGGGACUCUUCGGGUGCACUACAAAACUGUUCAUCUGCGUGAAAUGCACAAAUGCAAAGUACCUGGCUGUAACAUGAUGUUUUCUUCUGUAAGAAGCAGAAACAGGCAUAGCCAGAACCCCAACCUACACAAAAAUGCCCCCUAUACCACAGUGGUUGAUUAGAACAGACAUCCCUCCCUAUCCUGUUGCCCCAAGCUACAUGUAGGGUAAGUGUACCCAUUAAGCCCACCAAAAUCUAAUUUUGAGUAUUUUUUAUAUAAAUAUUAAGAUGGUAUAAAAUUUGGUAAAAUGCAAGAUUUAUCUCUCAUUUGAAAAUUAAUUAAUUAGUUGAUGUACAUUUAAUAACGAUAAAGAUAUUUUAUGAAUAAAGUCAGAAGUCUUGAGUGGGAUUAAUUGGUACCAUUUAAGCCCACGUGUUCCAAAUAAACCCACUUCAUGAUUGAUUCACAAAAUAUAAAAAUGACUAAUUUUGAAGUAAAACAUUAUAUUUUUUCAGUGACAGGAAAACAUAAAAAAAAACAUAUUUUACCAAUGUUUGUGAGUGCCUGUACUAAAUAAAAUUCAACAUUAAUAACAUGCAGAAUGCAACCCUUAUGCAAUAAUUUAAAAUAAUCUGCGCUACAAAAUAAUUUAUGACUUAUUUAUUUGUUGAUGAAUGUAAAAUUAAUCACAAAACAUUUAGGGGCGGUUUCACAGACAGGGCAUAUCCUAGUCCCAGACUAAAAUGCAUAUUUGAGCUGUCUUAAUUUGAAAAGAUCUUGUACUGACAUACUGUAUUUAUUCACAGUAUUGUUUUUUGUAAGGUUUAUUUGUAAAAACUACUUAAAUCUCAUAAUAUAACUAAGGCCUUGUUCCUGGAUUAAUCUAAACCCUGUCUGGGAAACCACGCCAUAGUGUUUGUAGUUUACAUGCUUAAUUUUUUUGCAAUCUUUAAAAUCUUUUAGUAAGGUUUAUGGUUUGACCCUGAGAUUAGUUUUAUGUGCAAGCUAAUAAAACUCAUCUUUUCAUUUAAAGAAAAUAGGAUAACGUACUAUUUGUUCAUACACAAAAAAUGUAACUUAACAUUGACAAAUGUGAUUGGUAUGCAAUAAAAAUAUCAGCAAACUAAUAAAUUACUGAACUGGUUAAAAUAAUGAGCAGAUAAAAUAUGAUUUUCUCUUUUUAUUUUUUGACGUCAAAGUUAAAAGUGGGCUUAAAGGGUACAUGGGCUUAAUGGCUACUUACCCUACUCAAUGUAACAGCCUCCUCUCCACUGCACAGCAGCCAUUACAUAACGCCAUAAGAGCAUAGUUUCUCUCAAAACCUAAAGCAGCAUUGUGCCCAUUUUACAUUUUUUGUUUUUGGAAGCAUAUGACUGAACAUUAGACAACAUAGGACCCUCUAUGCCUGACUCGGAAAUCUUUUGGAUCUUUUAUUUGUUACUGUUGCCUGCAGAAAUGAUAAUACUGAUAAAAAACUUGAUGUAUUUGUGACAGCUUUUAAGUAUCCCUUACAAGAGCAUGACUGGCUUAAAUAUGUAAAUAAUAAUGUCCUGAGGGGCUUUGGUGUAAAACAGUUGUAUUGAUGGUUGAUAUUUUUUUCUUUUUUUUGUGUUAUGGGUGGGUUGGUUGUCCAAAACAUUCACUUUGAAAGUUAAUCAAGGCAAAGUAGGAUUUACCUAGCUUGGUUCUUUUAUGUUGGGUUUAAAAUGUUUUACCUUAAAAAGAGAAAUGAAAUUCAUGUGACUUGUGACUUGUUUUAUCUACCUGUUAGAUAUUCAGAUAGAGCUGGCAUGCCUUUAGCUCUAAAAAGAUACAUUUUUUCUUUUAUUUUCUUAUGUUUAUAGCUUUAGUAUAAAAAUAAAAGAACAAAAACCAGUUUUGCACAUUGCAACUA